UCCAGGAUUUCAUCAUAUCAGGUAGCAGCAACCUGGCAACACUUCCAUGUAGGAAAUCAAGAGAGCAAACUCAUCUCAUAUCCCAUGGCUCAGCCUCCAGGUAAGCUGCUGGACACAAUCAGAAGGCCGGUCGCAGCAGCUUCAUCUCUUCAUCAAUCAGCGGCAAAUCAUCUGCAGCCGCUGCUCAGCUUGGCUCAGAGGAAUGGAGUUAACAGGAGGUGCAUCCUCACUCUGCUGGCAUCGGCUGCAGCCAUACCCGAGGCCAGUGAAUCAAGGAAGGCGCUAUUGCAAGAUUAUGUGAAGAGGUCAAAGGAAAACAAAGAGAAGAAUGACAAGGAGAGGCUGGACGACUUUUACAAGAGGAAUUACAAGGAUUACUUCGGUUUCAUGGAAGGCUCGGUUAGGGAGAAGCCAGCGGAGGAGCUCACGGAGUCGGAGAAAGGAAUUCUCGCGUGGCUUGACAAGAACAAGUAGCUAGCUAGUGUUGAGCAUGACAGCACCACGCCAACCACCAAAAUAGCUGAAACAGCUUUUGUAUAGGAAAAUUCCUUCGGCGGUGAAGUUCUCAACUUGCCCUGUUUCAUCACUGUUAUCUCUGUGCAGCAGCACAAAUCCUUGCUUGAUCUGA